AUGAGCCAAAGAUCCCAGAGCGAAAUCGCUACCAUUGACUUACCGUGGGAUGACCGACUUGCAGAGCCGCAGGAAAUUGGCCUUGGCGGAGAUCUCACUCCCUCAUCCGAGGAGACUAUUGGAAUUCCAACCAUUUCUCUUACGCAUGACCCCAAUCGUGCGGAUCUGAGUUUCCCGUUCGGAACCACCGAUGUCGGGCGAGCUGGAUUUACCGAUGAAUAUCGAACUACGUCGCGAACGGGUUAUAUUCCUGCCGACCUUGCACUUCGUCCUAUUCCCACUCAUUUAUCCGUAAUACCGGAUGAGCUGCAGGAUCCAGAGAAGGUUAGGAGACUUCAAAGUGUGAAGUUGGUUACGUGGUUGAAGAACGAUCCCGAGGAUCCCCGAAAUUGGUCGAAUGCUUACCGGUGGUAUCUGACUGCCGUCUGUGCAUUUUCUGUCGUUGGUGCUGCCUUUGGGAGUGCGGUCGUGACCGGCGACUUUGAUGGACUCGAGAAAGAAUUCCAUGUGGGAGGAGUUGUCAUUGCAUUGAGCGUUUCUCUUAUGGUUUGCGGAUUUGGUCUUGGCCCUCUUGCGUGGUCGCCUCUCAGUGAACUGCUCGGUAGACGGCCAAUCUGGAUAAUUCCAAGUAUUCUCUAUGUCAUAUUCAACAUUCCGUGUGCUGUCGCCCAGAACAUCCAGACAUUACUCAUUUGCCGUUUCCUCUGUGGUAUAUUCGCUUCAUCGCCGCUUACCUUGGCAGGCGGCACAAUCUCAGACAUCUGGGACAACAAUGAGCGCGGAUUUGCAAUCGCGCUAUUUGCCGCGGCACCCUAUGGUGGGCCUGUGCUUGGUCCAGUCAUCGGCGGCUUCGUAGGUGAGACUGUUGGCUGGAGGUGGUUAUUCUGGGUGAACAUGAUCUUUUCCGGAUGCUCCGCGGUCCUCAUCGCGACAAUCCCCGAAACAUUCGCUCCUGUUCUCCUGCGUAAACGUGCUGCACGUCUCCGGGAGAAAACGGGAGACCGCAACAUUACCACCGAGCAAGAAAUGUUCAGUGCAUCGUUUUCGCAAAUGCUCGUCGAGACCCUCUUGCGACCGUUCCAAAUGCUCGUGACUGAACCGAUUCUCCUGAUGAUGUCCCUUUACAUCGCUCUCAUCUAUGGUUUACUUUACGCAUUCUUCUUCAGCUUCCCUGUCGUGUUUGGCCCAGGAGGAUAUGACUUUAAUAAUGGCUUGACUGGACUCACAUUUCUCUCUGUUAUCAUCGGCCUGCUGAUUGCACUCGCCGUUAUGCCGCUUGUCGAAGAAAACUAUCACGCGCGUGCCGAGGCGAAGGGCGGACAUGCCGAUCCUGAAGACCGGCUGGUAGGCAUGAUGAUUGGGUGCUGGUUCGUUCCCAUAUCCAUGUUCAUCUUCGGAUGGACGAGUCCUCCUGCAGUGAUGCCUGGAGGCGGCAACUGGGUUGGGCCAUGUAUCUCAGGGAUCCCCUUCGGUUUUGGCAUGGUGAUCAUCUACUUCUCCGCGAAUGCGUACCUCAUCGACGCCUUCCCUGGCUAUGUCGCAUCCGCGCUUGCAGCAAAGACCGUUAUUCGUUCAGGCUCUGGCGCCGCAAUGCCGCUGUUCAUCACUGCGAUGUACCACAACCUUGGCAACGGUUGGGCUGCGUCUGUGUGGGCAUUCAUCUCUCUCGGCAUGAUUCCGAUCCCAUUCUUGUUCUACCGACAUGGCAGAGCCAUCCGGGCUCGCUCGAGUCGCGCGGCGUGA